AUGGUGGCGAGUCCACCGGGUGGCCCGGGCGCACCACGAGAGGAGGUGCCCCGCCCGCCGCCGCCCCCCGCCCCGCGCAACGGCUCUCCCAAACAAGGCGCCCUCACAAUAGUCCGUCGCUCGUCCAGUCGCGGCAAAUCAGAAACGUCGCCUCCAACGGACGAGCAACUCGACCAGCUCGAUCUGGAAACAGAGCACUUGCCCGCCGUCGACACGCCCGACGCCUGCGAUAAGGCCGCACUCAGAUUACGCUAUCUCCUUAGACAAUUAAACAGAGGUGAAAUUCCAGCGGAGACACUACAAAAGAACCUUCAAUAUGCAGCCAAAGUACUUGAAGCUGUAUACAUCGAUGAAACCAAGGAUAGGAGAGAUGCCGAGCAGCCACGUGUGCAGCCAGCGACACUUCACAUGAGGCGUCUACGCACUCCAUGCUGGGCGAGAUGUUCAGUAGAGAAACCAAACGAAGCAAAACCGGCCGUGGCGCGACAGCAAUCUGCGCCGACCCUGGUGUUUAGGAGACUGGCAGAUGAGGACGACGAGUUAUCAGAAGUACAACCAGACGCAGUGCCUCCAGAAGUACGGGAAUGGUUGGCGUCGACCUUCACAAGGCAGUUGGCGACAGCAAAACGGAAGUCGGAUGAGAAACCAAAGUUCAGAUCAGUGGCUCAUGCGAUCAGGGCUGGGAUAUUUGUGGAUAGGAUCUACAGGAGGGUCACUAAUACUGCGCUUAUGCAAUUUCCUCAAGAUGUGGUCAGAGUUCUCAAAACAUUAGACGAAUGGUCAUUCGACGUGUUUGCUUUGCACGAGGCAGCGGCAGGGCAGCCAGUCAAAUAUUUGGGAUACGAACUCCUCAACAGAUAUGGAAUGAUACACAAAUUUAAGGUGCCGUCUACGAUCCUCGAGAACUUUCUGAGUCGAAUAGAAGAGGGCUACUGCAAGUUCCACAACCCCUACCAUAAUAACCUUCACGCGGCAGACGUGGCGCAAACCGUACAUUACAUGCUGUGCCAAACUGGACUCAUGAACUGGCUCUCCGAUCUCGAAAUAUUCGCAACACUAGUAGCAGCCGUGGUACAUGACUUCGAGCAUACAGGCACCACCAACAACUUCCACGUGAUGUCAGGCUCCGACACCGCUCUGCUCUACAACGAUAGAGCAGUGCUCGAGAAUCAUCAUAUAAGCGCUGCCUUUCGAUUAAUUCGUGAUGAAGACUGCAAUAUACUCCAGAACCUCUCCCGCGAUGAGUUCCGUGAAUUUCGAACCCUUGUCAUUGACAUGGUGUUGGCUACGGACAUGUCCUUCCACUUCCAGCAGCUGAAGAACAUGAGAUCACUGCUGUCACUAGCAGAGCCAGGUGUUGACAAGUCAAAAGCCGUGUCUUUGGUGCUGCAUUGCUGUGAUAUCUCUCAUCCAGCUAAGAGAUGGGACCUCCAUCACAGGUGGACAAUGAGUUUGCUAGAUGAAUUCUUCCUCCAAGGCGACAAAGAAAGAGAGCUAGGACUACCGUUCAGUCCACUCUGUGACAGAAAUAAUACCUUGGUGGCGGAAUCUCAGAUCGGCUUCAUAGAUUUCAUCGUGGAACCUAGCAUGGGGGUUUGCGCUGAUAUGCUGGAGUGUAUACUGGGACCAUUGCACUCUAGCUCGAAGAAUUCUACAAGCACUUCUGGUCAAGAACCCAUUAAUGAAGAGGGCACAGGUGCAGAAACGCACAAGAAAUUCAAAAUUAAGAAACCCUGGGUGGCUUGCCUGAUGGAUAACAAGAAGAUAUGGAAGGAGCAAGCUACAAAAGACGCCGAAGCGAGGGCCAGAUUGGAAGAGGAGGACACGAACGGUACCUCACCUCCAACAGAAGAAUAAUAUUUAGCCACAUUUGUAAAUAGCGUGAAGACUAGUUGUUACAACAUGUUUCAGUCGUUUUUAAAGAAAAGCUAAGCAAUUCAAUGUCGUAGUCGCUUAACGCUGGCAUUGUGUUGUUUGCACAAAUUGAGGCCGAAAGAAUGUUUUUUCUUUCUACAUGCGUCUCAUCAAAGUACCUAGGUAUCUAUUAGUUUAUAGGUGUCAUAAAGUAGACAAAGUGUAGUGUAGUAGGUAGGUUUCGACUAUAUGCUCGAUA